AUGAUGUCUACUGAUCCAGACCAAAAUUUGUAUGCUUUACCAGAACAUUUUAUAAAUGUUGCAUCCGAUUAUCAUGCAGAACCGCUGUUUCAGUUUCAAUCAUCGGCUCAUGUACAAUGGUUAAAUACAAUAAUAUUGGAUGUAUUAGAUCUCAAACGUGAUCAUAUUUUAACUGAUGUUGGCUGUGGAUCAGGAAUUGAUAGUCUAUUAUUCUUAAAUAAAAUGAAUAAUGACAUUAAGAUUAUUGGGUGUGAUGCAUCGUCAAGCACGAUUGAAAUCUUUAAGAGUGAGAUAAGAAAACGAAAUUUAAUCAAUAUUGUUCAAACAUUUUGUACGAAUGCAGUUACAUUCAGUCAACAGAAACAAUUACCAGCGUAUAAUCGUCUUUUAUUAAAGCAUUGUGUUCAUCUGUUAUCGCAUAAUGAAAGAUUAUUAGCUUUCAAAGGUUUUCGCCAACAUUCUGAUGAUAACAAAUUUAUCAUUGUUACACGUACACCAAAAGAAAUCUUUCCAUUGGAUAAGAGUACAAAUGAGCUACGUAUGUCAAUAUUACCUUCUAUUGAUAAUUAUGUGCAAGAAUUAGAAAUGAGUGGUUUCAAAAAAUAUUUAGUAUCAUACAUAUCAGUAUACAUACGAUGACAGUGUAAUACUUGACGAUUGGAUUAAUAUUAUACAAAAGAGAAUAUAGUCAACAUUCUCACUUGACAAAAUUAAUGACAAACAAAUGAUUGAUUUGAUUUCAUAUAUAAAAGAAAAAUACAAAUAUGAAAAAUUCCAAAUGAAAGAUGAAAUUGUAAUAUUAAAUUGCACAACAAUGAAUCAUUGAUUAUUUUAUGUCCUUUUCUUUACAUCUUUGGUGUCACCUGAUGAAAAAAACAUUAUAUUUAAAGCAAACUAUAAUCCGACAAAAUAUGUCCAUACUUCUACACACUAUUCAUUGCUAUAUCCUCGCUCUCAUUCACAAUAAAAAAAAAUGCUAAAUUAAUAGAUAGUCGAAAAUAAAUGGUGGCAUCAGUGUUUGGUUUAUAUCUCCGUUAUCUUUUAUAGCUUACUUGGAUUUGUGUAUCAAAAGAUUCGCCGUAUAAUUCUGCACAAAAUGAUAAGUUUUAUUUGAAAACUACUGAGCCCUUCAUCUUUAGACAACAACAUGAUAAAAAAUCACCAUUACAAACAACUUUCACGACCAUAAUUUUUUUCAUUGUUUACCGAAUCUAUUCAAUUCCUGAAUUAAUUCUGAUGUUUUUGACGUGAUGCGCUAGUGACUGAAAAGAUAAACUAGUGCAUUUCAACCAACAGAGUCAAGUGAAUUUAAUUGAUUACUUCAGUGAAGAAUGUCUUAUAUCAAAAACGUCUGAAAUAAUUCAGGAAUUGAAUAUUUUCGGUAAAAAAACGAAAAAAAGAGAAGGUUUUGAAAAUUUUAUAAUGGUGAUUUUUAAUCAAGUUGUUGUUUAAAGACGAAGGAACCUAUUGUUUUGUGCAGAAUUACAUGGCGAAUUUUUUAAUAGAAAAGUUAAACGUAAGCUAUGAAACAUGACUGAGAUCUGAAUCAAACACGGAGUCCGCCAUUUGUUCUUGACCAUCCGUUAUGUUGUAAAAUAUAGCAGAUUAUUGAAUCUACUGACUAAAUAAAUAUUAACUUUAACUUAAAAUAAUCAUUUGGACUGUGGAUGUUGAUAAAUUGAACAUCAACACCUACAUUCACUCACACCCGCGGUUCACGGUACCAAUGUUAGGAUUUUUUAUCUGUGUAUUUAUUUGAAAUAGAAUAAAUAUCAGAAUAUGAACAAAACGAAAAAAAACUAUAACGGAAAGUACGGUAAUCGGCGGUUAUAACGAUUGUCGACAAUAAUCAACGACCGCUCUAAAAAAACGAUUAAUAAUCAACAAUCAAUCGAUAUUUAUCUAACUAUGUCGAUUGAUUAAACCAAUCAAAAACAACAACGGAAAACAACAAUGAAACAGAUAAAUUGAAGGCAUGUUUGGAAUGAUAUUGUUCUCCCACAACAAGUAUGGACACAACGGAUCUUGGUCGUUCACUCGUCUAUAAUGAUAUUUUUAUUUGGAAUAAAUUUCAUAAAAGAAAGAAGAAUCAUCUUGGCCAGUUUUUUUCAUAGUAAUCGAGUAAAACGAUUAAUAGAAAAGUAUGAAUUACUUCUUUUAAAUGGACAUCAUUUAUUGAAAUAAACUAAUGGUAUACCAAGAAUAGGACAUGCAAUAUCUUUAGACCUCACUCUCUUUCUUUCUUUUCUUUUUCUUUUUUUUUCUAGCCUUGAAAUACACACGUACAUACUCUUUCAUUUUCUUUUUCUCUUCUCUUCUUACUCCCC